AUGUUUGGAGUAGUGUUCCCCAAUCGUAGUUUCCCAAUGGACAUCUCCACCUUCACCCAAAUCGACACCUUCCAUUGGGUCCUCGACAUGAACACCUUCGUCGGGGAGGCGUACGAUUCAAUCCGCGAAGUCUGCAUCUUCCUCCUCAACAACUUCACUCUACCGCCAGACAAAGCCCUAGCGGUCUACAUCCAAGCCCCAGGCUCGCCUUUCCUCUUCUGCGGCGCCGUAACGCUCUCUCGCCCCUCCGCUGUCCUCUCUCUCCCGUGGCCGGACCCCGGCGGCCAAAUGCAACUUACCGCCGACGCUGCCCCGCUCUCCGCCAAAAUCGGUGUCUCCGUCGAGGACCUGGCGUCGCUGCCCUCCUUGGACGUCACGGCGGAGAAGAAAAUUGAGAGAUUGGCAUUGAAGGUUGGGGAGAAUUUGUUUAAUUUCAUGCAGUCGUUUUGUGGAGUGGAUGGGAGUAAGUUGGUUGUGCCAAUGGAUAUAUUGGAUAGGUGGUUUAAGAAGUUUCAGGAACGGGCCAAGCGUGAUCCUGAGUAUUUGAAGGGUUUCGCAUUGUAG